CGCAGCGGUGUCCCUUCGCAUAAGUCCCCGGCGACGGCGUGAAAGGCUCACCUGGAGGUUUAAGUAGCCCUGUGCCGUGGUCUGUGUGUGAACAGCAUUGCUCCCCCACACUUCCUCCUCAGUUCUGCAGAACCGGGCCCCCGCGUACCCGGCUACUGAGCACAAAGAGGACCACCGCCUCCGCCGUGAUGCUAUCCCGCGGGCCAGCUGCUCUCGGUCCCGCUGCGGUCUAGCGCCUCGCUUUCGGUUCGGGGAAAGAGGGAAGCGGACUGUUCCAAGCGUGUGAUCGUGGACGGUGAGCUUGCAUCCAGAAGGGGGGGGGGUGUCCAUGGGCUGAUCUGCCCCAGCUUCCACGUCGUCUUGUCCUCGUGUCUUGUAAUGUGAGCCUUUGCUGGCAUCUGGCGGGAGAGCAAGAGUGAGCGAGUGAGAAACCAAGAGGUGGGGGGAAUCCCCUCUUAUGAGAGGACGAGGAGGCAUCUGCGAAAAGACUGGAGCUCCUAAAUCCACCAGCGUGACUCGCAAGCAUUCAGACUAUAGUUGUCCUGCAUUUCCCCCUCGGAGGUGAAAAGUGCUGCAGAUCAUCAAACAGAGCUCGUUUGGAGAGGCUCUUACUGGGGACCAACAGGCUUUUUUUUUUGUUUUUUUUUUUGCGUCUGGAUUUGCAGUAUGGCCAAGAAGAAUAGCCAAAAGGAUGUCAGCGGUGUGGUGUUCGACACUCACUCGAAGAUGGUGAUGUCCCAGGGAGGCACCUUUGAGAGGAUGAAGGAGAAGAUAAAUGCGGUUAGGGCAGUUGUUCCCAACAAGAGCAACAACGAGAUCGUUCUGGUCUUGCAACACUUUGACAACUGUGUUGACCGUGCCGUCCAAGCCUUCGUGGAAGGUAGUGCAGCUGAUAUUUUGAAGGAGUGGAAUGUAACUGGUAAAAAGAAGCCCAAGAAGAAAAAACCCAAACCCCAACCAGAACCACAGCCAGAACCCGCCCAAGCUGUAGUCACCCCUCCUGCAGAGAGCAAAGAUGAAGUGAAUGGUUUCCAUGCCAAUGGGUCAGUCAUGGAUGGUGACUCUUUGGACUCCCUGAGCGAGCAGUUGGAGUCGGCCUCCCUUGAUGCCACCGAGCUGGACUCGGACACUGCCACACCUGACCUUUUAGAUGCUACAGCUGCUGAUAUGGAUUCUAAACCCGAUACCCUGAGUCUGGGGUUUCAACACACCCACGUGGGGAGAAGUCACCAGGGUCCACGUGGCAGCAAGAACCGUCCUCGUCCCUCCCUCUCCUCCCAGCAGGCAUCUGUCUUCUCCCUGCUUGCUCUCGAUAGCCAGCAUGGGGCAUCUGCCAACAAGAAGAUAGCACCUAACAUCGAUAAGUCCAUGAAAGACUUGCAGCGCUGCACUGCCUCUCUCACUCGCUACCGCGUAGUGGUGAAACAGGAAAUGGACUCUUCCAUCAAGAAGAUGAAGCAGACCUUUGCUGAGCUCCAGAGCUGCCUGAUGGAUCGAGAGGUGGCCCUGUUAGCAGAGAUGGAUAAAGUUAAAGCUGAGGCUACCACUGCAGACAAGGGAAUCCCUCUGCUGAAGUCAUCCAAGGCGGAGUGCAGCAUGGCCAUUCUGGAUGGCCGCCAGAAGAGGGCAGAGGAGCUCCGCCGGUUGACUGACCAGUCAGGCACCAUGUCAGAGGAUCAGUUGACCGAAUUGCGUGCAGACAUCAAGCACUUUGUAAGCGAGCGCAAGUACGAUGAGGACCUAGGGAGGGCCGUGAAGUUUACUUAUGAGAUGGAGCCUCUGAAAAAGAGUAUCAUGAACUUUGGACAAGUGUACCACCCUCAGACUGGUUAUUCCAGUCGCUCCCGCUGUAGUUCUGCCGCUUCCUCAGUUACUGGCACAACUUCCCAGGAGGGGCCAUCCACACCUCAGCCCCAGUCCUCAUCACAUGGGGGUCGUAUCGUCCAGCCUAGUAAACAGAGUAAUCAAGGUCACCGGCGUUCUGGUCAAGGGCUCUCGUCUGGGGGUCAGAAGUUCAACAGUGGUGCUCACCAGGAUAGGAACCCCAAUCGGACAAGCCGACGUAACCCUGAUACCUGUGGAGGAGGUCCAAACUUCAGCAGCACCUCGCCAUCCUCCCCACUGUACACAGUCUCCACAAACGGUUCCUCUUGGCCCACUUCAGUCACCCCCCAACCAGACCAACCAUCUAACAGCCUGCCCCAGAGACCCCCACGGACUCGCUGCCCCUGAGAUCACACCCUGCACGUCAUUUCCACUCAUGCCCCAAAAAUAUCCCCAACUUCCACAAUGAAGGAUAGAACUGAAGUUUACAUCUUUCCAUUUUCUUGAGCUGUAGUGCCACCUAUAGGCAACUUUGUUUGUCCUCUAGUUGGGAAAAACCUUUCCCUGCAUUCUGCCAUAUGAUCUUCCUCUUCUAUUUCCUUUCUGCUGAUGGCUAUACUUCCCAUGCUCUGUCACAUCCACAGACCUACAUUUGGCUGUGCCCCUCUCCCCCCCCAACCCCCUUACUUUAAAAGCAGUGUCUGCAGGAGCCAUUUUAUUUUUUUUUGUAAGCCCCUGGCUCCAUCAGUGACAGAAGACCUCCCCCCCCCCUUCCACUCUAUAGUUGUAUGCAUCUUUAUUUUAGCUUUUGAUUUUAGUUUUCCCUGUAGUUUCAUUUCCGUUCCUCAAUGUUUUUUGCUUUAGUUUGCUUUGCUCUGGUGGACUCUUCAUAGUAAAUCAUAAAGGGGAAGUCAAACUUAUUGCUCCGCCAUUAGUACCACACUACUGGAAGCUCAGGAAUGAAGGAGACGAGCUUUUCUAAACAAUCACCUCUCCUCGCCGUCAAGGCCGUGGGUUAUGAGCUUAAUCUCAGUUCAUGCGUGUCUGCUAGUACUGCUUAUGCAUGAUACAAACAAAGGUGGAGAGUGUUUUGUUUCUAAUGGAGACAGGUACACAUGCUGCAGUUUCACCUGCAGAUGGCUCUACAGCUGUUGCAACCCAAACACAUGCCUGGGUUUAUGUGAAGGCAAAGGCUUUGAUCAUUGUAGAGCAGAGUAGACAACGUGCACACAUCCAUUCAAUAUUUUUUUUUUUCUUUGUCAUCCAAGUGCCGUGCUUAUUCUGUUCUAUAGCAAAAAUCUGUUCCCAGAACCCUUUCUUCCAGUUUGCAUUAUGGCUGUAUGUUGAACAAGCUUCCCACACCUGUCAGUGGUGCCAGGGAAAGGUUUUAAAACAAAUGUGCAUGACAGUAGAAGGAAAGCUGUAGACUGACGCUAUGCUUUUUAGCCUGGUGUCGAGAAACUGUUUGCAGUUAAUGCUACAAGCUGUUGAGUGGUCAGUUUUACAGAAGCCUGCUUUGAAACGUCAUUUGGGCUAGAUAGUAUGUCGUAUGGCUGCAGCAGUGGCAGAUACUGACUUUUGGCUCUGAUAUAGAAGGUAACCAUAUGUACAAAGUAUUGCUAAAAUAUCUGCUCCUAGUUUUGAAGAACAGUUUUGGUUGACCAUGCUGAUUGAUUUUAGCAUCAACCAGUGGCUGCUAAAUCGAACCCAACCAGAGAUGAGGCGCUUCCUUUGGGAGAUGAUGGGAACUGAUGCCCAUGCCCAUCAGAGGAAAGUAGCAUCAAGUUCUUCGACAUGGCAGUGAAACAAUCUUGCUCUCUCCCCCCCCCCCCUGCAACUUGGCUUCAUUCACAUUUCCUACCACUCCUGAUGUCUAUUAUAUCGCCCUCUGUGCAUUGUAGGUAGGUGUUUGUCUCCUCUGCCAGCUGUGCAGCUGUGUUUUCUGUUGGCUCAGCUUUGUAAAUUUCAGAGUUUCGUUUUAAGGUCACCUCAGUCAGAGUUUAUGCUGGGCCUGACAGUCCAUUCACUUUCAUGACUGAAGUAGCCUUUUGGAUCAUCGUUUAAUCUCACUUGGUGCCUCCAUACCUUGCCUACUGUCUAGUUCUUGACCGCAGUUGCUACACCGCGCCCCCCAGGGUUAUUCAAUGUAAAUGUAGUAACCUCCAAAGAAUCAAUGUUAUCUGGUUCUAGUUGCUGCCUUAAUACUGCCUCUUUUUGGUAAAACUUAAUCUUUUUAUGGAGGGUUAUGAUGCUGGACCACCAUUUUGAGUCAUUCUGCUUGUUUAGCCUAGAAUCCACUUUCAAAUUUUUUUCACAAUUGCAUCUAUCUUGAAUGCUCACUUCACCUUGGGACCUCCGCUACAUAUAGGAUCCUCCUCCUUCAGGACCCCCCCCCCAUUGGGACUUACUGCCACAGUGAAUCUGAGACGAUUGUAAACUAAAGUGCCUUCUCUCCUCUUUGUCCCCCUUCCCUUCUUCAUUCUGCUAAACAUGGACCAAAGACUCUAAGAGCCUGAUUCCCCACAUUUUCUCCUCAGCAUAAACACAACUUGGACACUGCAUAGUCGCUGACAUGCCUCUCAUUUACUAUAAUAAAGUGUUAGCAAAUGCAA